AUGUUGUAUUGCGUGGGGCUCCUUGUCCCGCGGCUAGGCGCCACGGGGAAUGCCGGCCCGCCAUUUGUCCCAUUUAUUCCCUCUCGUUUGCUCGCUCUCUUUCUCUGUGCUUCUUCCACGUCGUACACCGUCUGUGCCGCAGUGCCGCAGUGCCGCAGUGCCGCCUUGGGCAAGGGCGCCGUGCAUCACGUUCUGCCUGGGGCUUGUUUCAAAGGUGUCGGCAUGCCGAUGAAAGCCGAGCCUGAUGACUCUGGCCGGAUCUCCCCGCUCUCGGAUUUCGUUCCCCGCGAUUCUGCUGCGCCCGACAACGGCGCCAGCGGCAUGGAUCUUGAGCGCGACAUGCGGCGUGUGGCGGCGUGGCACCAAUCGAAGCUCCACAACAUUAUCCUCAGCGAGGCACGCAAGGCGCAGGUUUCGCGCGAGGAUCACCGCCUGAUGCUAAAACAACUCGUCUCCGCCGCAUACCACAGAGACCCGCAACGCAAGGAAAACAUUGAGAGGUGGAAGCGCAUCAUGCUCGCAGUGGAGAUGGAGUACAUCGGCGCCAACGCACUUUUCAGUCUUGCGCCCGAUCCCUACCAGCAGGUGCUGUCGAAGCUCUCGUCGAUGAUGAUAUGGGGCGGAGGCAAGCGUCACUGGACGUACAGCUACUGCACGGAGGAGUUCGCGCGACGCCGCUCCUGCCACACGGAGGUGCUGCAACAGCUCAAGCAGUCGGGGAAGUACUUUCUGAAUGGGUGA